UGGCGGAGAUGGGUUAACGGAGCAGGGGAAAAAAACUAAAUCGUAAUUUUGGCCUUAUGUUUCUUGGGGGCGGUUGGGGGUGCUGGUGGCUAUGGGUGCUGUUGCCUUUUCCGCGACUUUCAUUUUCAUAUCUAUUGGAGGAGUGUCAACGUACUAUUUUUCUCUGCCAAUUUGGUGCUUUCAAGUUUGUUCGAAUCUUUUCCUCCCAUCAACUUUUCCACAUCUAGUCAAAUCAUAUACAAGAACAACAAAACCGCGGUACUUUAUUUCGAACAGUGGCAAGGCAAGGCAAGGCAAGGGGAGUAAAAAGACGGACGGUCAAAUUGGUCGGGGGAACUCAGCGGAGGCGAAGGGGUGUUGGUCGGUUGGUCGGUUGGUUGGUUCGGAUGGACGGGACGGUUUGCAAGGAAAGGUCGAGGCUUCAUUUCUUCUCAAUUUUACAACAACACAAUAUGUAACUGCUGUUUGUGAACACUUCUUUUUUUCCUGCUUUGUGUUGUUUUUCUCCUUGAAGGUGUGCCUGAAGCCGGGUUGGUGUGUGUGCGAACAAAAAGAGUAAAAAUAAAAAGGGACAAAAUGAAUCAGGCACAAGAUCGAUGUGUAGCACCUGCAUUGAAACAUCAUCAUAUCGUGGAAACGGAAGGGGUUGAUGUCAUUACUUAGGCGGGUUAGGAGUCGAAGAAGGGGGAAAAAAAAGCAAUGAACGUUUGCUCUAUCGAUAUGGAUGGGUAGGCUGUAAACUGUAGUUCUUCAAAAUUGACCAAGGAUAUCGUUUAUGCAU